GAUUCCGCAUUUGGACGACAUCUGCGCCAUUUUGAUGAAACGGCGAGGAGGAGCAGGGAGCCACUGAAGCAACGUGUUGUGUCGCAAUGGGUUUUAAAGAUUAAUUCUGAAACAUGGUCAUUAUACAUCGUUAUGUGGAGAACAUCGGUGAAAACAAGUAGGAUAUCGGCCCUCCUGGCAUAGCGUGGAUUUAUUUGAGGGGUAAUUUCGAGAGCAUGCUCGCAUACAAGCCAAUGCUUUUGUUUUAGCCAGUGGUCCGCUCUUCUGUAGUGGCUUAAAUAGUGAGCUAACCAUGUUAGCCUCGGCUCCAUUUUAGUUAUCUUUAGAUUUGUCUUCAGAAAAGUGUUUCAACGCUUGACGUCGACGUGAAGAUCGAUGGACUAACAUCUGAUGUCCUUAUUCAUUACUGGGACUUUUGGAAAAGGACUUGGCUAAGAAAGACACCAUAAGGACUGCAUUACUGCUCACGGAGACCUAGGCCCGCUGCUCACCUAGUGGCUGCGGCAGGCCCGGGGUUUCAUGGACAAUUCACCACGGACUUGAUAGAAUUUCCUAUAAAUAUUUAAGCCUUAACAGAUACCAAAUGGACUCCCUUGGAUUUGUUAAGUGCAGUUGCUUUAUAUUGGACUGAAACGAACUGAUAACAGUACACCUCGCCGUGUACUGGCGCACUGCCUUCCACUGUCAAUGUUUUUCAUUGGCAACAAUGACUUUGUUGACAUCCGCCAACUACCCGUUCUUGGAUUACUUUUGUUGAAUUUGUGCUGUGUUUCAGCGAUUUCAGAGGGAAGGGUUGAUGGCAUCAUAACGCUGAAGACUAGCCUGUGUUGUAGCCCUGUAUUCUUUAUUAAACUGUGUGUUUUGUGUGCUAACUUGAGUAAUUCCCAAGUUUUGUAAAAAUGUCGUGUGUUCAUUAUAAGUUUUCGUCCAAACUGGACUAUAACACAGUCACGUUUGAUGGGUUGCACAUUACUCUCAAUGAGCUUAAACGGCAGAUCAUGGCCCGUGAGCGUCUCAAGGCCACAGACUGCGACCUGCAAAUCACCAAUGCGCAGACGCGGGAAGAGUACACGGAUGACGAGAUCCACAUACCGAAACACUCUUCUGUCAUAGUCCGUCGAACCCCUAUUGGUGGGGUGAAGCCAGCUGGCAGGACGUUCAUUAUAGAUCGUUCUGAUACGGCCAUGGUGGGAUCGUCCAGACCAACCGAUUCCUCCCCCUCUAUGUCUCUGGCCCAACUCUCGAAGACGGCAAACCUGGCAGACGCAAACGCAUCUGAGGAGGAUAAGAUUAAAGCCAUGAUUUCUCAAUCCAUCCAUGACUAUGACCCUAUUCAUUACUCAAAGAAAGCUAUCGGACCCCCACCUGGGCACUACAUCUGCUUCCGCUGUGGCAAGACAGGGCACUACAUUAGACAAUGCCCCCUGCAGAUGGACAAGAGUUUGGAAGGGCCCAAACCGGUGAAGAUAAGCAAAGGCAUUCCCCAGAGCUUCAUGGUUAAAGCCGAACCGGACGCCAAAGGGGCCAUGUUAACCAGCACGGGAGAAUAUGCCAUUCCUGCCAUAGAUGCUGAGGCGUAUGCGCAGGGGAAAAAGGAGCGUCCUCCCUUUGUUCCUCGGGACCAAUCAGCAUCUGAGGACGAGUCUGACCCAAUACCCGACGAGCUGCUCUGUCCAAUCUGCAACGACCUGAUGAGCGACGCUGUGGUCAUACCGUGCUGUGGGAACAGCUACUGUGAUGAUUGCAUCAGGACCAGCCUGCUGGACUCCGAGGAGCACGUCUGCUACACCUGCAAGCAGUCGGACGUUUCGCCCGACAACCUCAUCGCCAACAAGUUCCUGCGCCGUGUGAACAACUUUAAGAACGAGACGGGCUACACCAAACUCGGGCGCAAGCAGCUGCAGCAGGUGGCGCCGUCUGUGCCCCGCCCCCUGCCCCCCCGCCACGUGCCCUCCAGGCAGCAGGACCCACUGAUGGCUCACGUCGCCAUCCCGCCCCCCCGCGCCCUCCCCCCCGCCGCCACCCGCCGUCGCCCCACCGCAGCCUCUGGUCGGAGCACCAUGACAACCGGGACGCUCGGGACAGCCGGGAUCACGGCGACGCCCGUGACACCCGGGAUCACCAUGACAACCGGGACCUCCACGACCCCCGGCAACGACCACCGAGACCAGCACCACCACCACCACCCCAGAGACCAACACCACCACGACCCCCGGGAGCGCCACGACGUCCACUCCCCGAUGCAGUUCCGGCGGCCAGAGGGAACCACCCCCGCCCGGACCCAGGUCCACCGCACGACGGCAGGCCACAGAACUGCCACCCACCCUCUGAUUGGACAUCCACCCCCUCCAAGGCCCCUUCAUCACCAACAAGGUCCCCCGCCACGCCCCCAUCAGCCCCACAGAGGAGGAGGUCCAGUGGGAGGAGGAGGACCCAGACACUGGGACAGAAACUUCCGGCCCCGUGAGGAUCACCCCCCACCCCGGAUGCAGGUGGCCCCCUUCCCGCCCAACGCCGCGCCCCCGGUUUACGCCGCCCCUGCGCUCUAUCCCCUCCCCCCCCAGAUCUACCCGCCCCCCUACUCCACGGGACCCGGCCUCAUCCCGCCGCCCCCCGUCGGCUACCAGCCCCAGCCUAUGUACCCCCCCGGGAUGCAGGGCAUCAACCCCCCCUGGAUGCCCCCGAACAACCAGCACCCCCUCGGGCCCCACCCACCCCCCCUCAACCAGCCCCACCUCUCCAAGGAGGAGUUCUACCGGCAGCACCAUCUCCAUCACCACCCCGACGAGGUAACCUCCAAGCUUGACGAGUUCACUAAAGACUUCCACAAAGAGCUGAUGAAGUACUGCAGUGCGCCAAAGAGACGCAGACGGUCUUACACCAGGUCGCGGACCUACAGCCGCUCGCCGUUCAGCCGCUCUCCCUUCUCCAGGUCCAGGUCCCGGUCCCGGUCGUACUCCUACACCCCAAGCCGCUCGCGCUCGCGCUCCCGCAACCGGUCCUACCCCCGCUCGCCCUUCUCCCGGCGCAACGGGCGCAGCUACGGCCGCACGCGCUCCCGUUCCCGCUCUCGCUCCAGGCCGUACACGUACCGUCGGUCGGGCUCUCCGCGCUCUCCCGGGCCGUACCGCCCCCCCGGUGGUCAAGGCUGGGACGGCGCAGACGGAGCCGCCUUCAGGUCCAGGUCCCGUUCCCGCACCCCUGGCGGCUUCCGGAGGGUCAGUCCCGGCGGCGGUGGAGGCGCUGGCGGAGGCGGUCGCAAACCCCCGCCGCGGGAGCCGCCACCCUUCGACGGGCGGGACAUGAGCCCCGGAACCCACGAGCGCUGGGAAAGGGACGGCUACAGGCAGUGGGAGAGGGACUACCGGGACUACCAGUACUACAGGGACUACGACGGCCAGCCCCCGCACCACAGGGCGCACGGCAGCCGGGACCGGGAGAGGGACCGGCUCUCGCCCCCCGCCAGAGACUACUCCCCCCAGGGCAAGAGCCGGAGGGUGGCGGGACGGCGACCGAGGCGCGCCCCUCGUUCCACCAGCCCUCCCUCCUCCUCCGGGACCAAGAGCAGCAGCAAGAGCAGCAAGUCCAAGAAAGUGAAGAAGAAGAAGAACGGGGACGAGUCGGAGGCGGCCCACCAGUCCAUGGACCGAGGGGACGCCACCCCCGUCCGGGACGAGCCCAUGGACGACGCGCCCAACCUCUCCAAGACGCCCCCCAGCUCCUCCAAGAGCAGCUCCGGCAAGGCCGCCACCAGCAAGAGCUCCUCCUCCUCUGGUCCGCCAACCUCGUCCAAGUCAGGGAAGACCUCGUCCGACAAGAGCAAGAAGGACAAGACAUCCAAGGUCAGGUCAAGGUGAAAAACCGAGGCCGCGAAGUCGUCCAAGACUACCAAGGCCCCAGGGCCCGAGGAGACCAGCGUCCCGGCCGUCGUGAAGAAGGACAAGGCCAAGGCGCCCGCAGCCGCGGCCCGUCCCGAUCAAACCCCGCCUGGUGUCCUCUCGGAUCCAACCCCCGCCCCCCCCCCGGUUCUCCUGGACACCCCCGCGAUGGACAAACGCAGGCGGCCCGGGGAGGAGCGGCCGCCUUUCCUUCUGGGGCUGCCCCCAAACAAGCUGCGAUGCAUCGGGGUACCCGGGAUGGGUUUGGACCGCCUCCCUCACACCCAGAUGGUGCUCCCGGCGCAGCUCCUGAGAGUCCCCAGUGCCAUGGAUCGACCAGGAAUACUGCCCACCCGGGAGCGCCCCGUGAUCCAGGGCGAGGGGACAUGGGCCAGCGAGACAUGGGCCAACGGGACUUGGGCCAACGUGACUUGGGCCAACGUGACUUUGGGCCAACGAGACAUGGGCCAGCGAGACAUGGGCCAGCGAGACAUGGGCCAGCGAGACAUGGGCCAGCGAGACAUGGGCCAGCGAGACUUGGGCCAACGAGACUUGGGCCAACGAGACUUGGGCCAACGAGACUUGGGCCAGCGAGACUUGGGCCAGCGAGACAUGGGCCUGCGGGACAUGGGCCUGCGGGACAUGGGCCAGCGGGACAUGGGCCACGAGGACAUGGGAUGGGUGGACAUCAGACCCCUAAUGGACCUCCAGGUGAAGCCGAUGGCCCCUAGGAGGAUCAAGCUGAACCGCGACCUGGGGAGGAAGAAUAGCACCGAGGGUCCUUCCACAGACAAACCCCCCGCCGCGCCAGAGAAGACCCCAGCGCCACAGACAAAGAUCUUCGGCAGCACCCCCACAGGCGAGAGGCCCCCCAGAGGUCCAGAGCCGACCGGGAGGAGGGAGAGAUCGGUGUCCCGGGAAAGGGGUGGCUCCAGAGAGAGGCCGGGGGGAGCGGCAGGGAGCGGGACCAACGGCAUGGACUGGGACCGGGACCGGGACAGAGUCUCCGGUGCCGACAGAGAAACGGGAUAGAAUUCCAGGGUCGGACAGGGAAAGGGACACGAAUUUGGGAACAGACCGGGAACGGGACAGCAAUUUCCAGAUCAGACAGGGAUAGGGACCGAGACAGGGACCAGAAUCUCCGGAUCUGACCGCGAUAGGGAAAGAGUUUCAGGAUCUGACCGAGACAGGGACCGACUUCCCGGAUCGGACCGCGAGAGGGACCGAGGCCCCGUGUCGGACAGAGAGCGGGACAGACUCCCAGGGUCGGACAAAGGGCGAGAGAGGGCUCCGGGAUCCGGCAAGGAGCGGGACAGAUCCCGCGGGCCGGACCGUGAGCGGGGCCAGAGCUCCGACUCGGACAGACACCGGGAGAAAACCUCUGCCGCGCCGGCGGCCGAGAAGAUGGCGGUGACGGUGGAGAGGGACGCCGCUGACGGACAGCGCCUGGUGAAGACCGACAAAAGCGACUCCGGCGGCGGCGCCGUCGGAGAUCCGUUUUCCGUGGACAAGAUGACCAUCGCCGAGCGGUCGGCCAUCGCCAGGAAGACGGCGGAGCCCGCGGAGAAGGCACGCCGGUCUUCCAAGGAGAAGGACGCAGAGUCAUCGGAGAAGGGGCCCAAGACUGACAGGGCUGUCUCCAAAGACCGAGCAGAGAGGACGGGGACCUCUGGAGAGAAGCCAGCUGCCGCUCCCAGAGAAGCAGGGAAGGGCAGCGACGCCUCAGCGACAAAGAGCAGAUCCAGGGUGAACCGCAAGGCUUUGACUAGCCGCCCCUCUGGCAGUAGGCCAGCCGAGACGGGGAGGUCGGACUCUGAUCAGAACCAGAGGUCCGGAGCUCCAAGACUCUGACACCCCGGUCACAGAGCCCCGGCGACGGCCGCAAACACAGAGCCCCACCCGGAGCCCGGUCCAGGACGCGUCGAGGUCCUCAUCCAGCCCCCGCCUCGCUCCAAGUGGGAGCGAGACGACGAGGAGGAAUGGCCCGAGAACGGACUAGCUGCGCCCGACCGAGAAACCUGCGUCCCCCCCAGAGGCCGAGAGAAGGAAAAGCACCCCGAUGCCCCCAAACCCGUAAAGAGCCUGGCCAGGGACGGCCCCAAGGAGGAGAAGAGAGGGGCCGCCAAAGAGGAGAAGAAGGCCAAAGCCCCCCGGGACGAGAGCCGAGGACACGGCCGGACGGACGGACGGAGCGGCGAGAGGGAGGAGCCCAAAGGCGUCGCCGCGAAGGAGGAGCGGGCCUCGGGAGGAGCCGGCCGGGAGGAGAGCCGAGGCCCCGAGCCCAGGCGACAGCGUCUGUGCUCCGACCUGGGCCGCGAGACGGACGAGGCGGCCUUCGUGCCGGACUACAGCGAGGGCGAGGGCUCGGAGCCCCAGAAGGGCGGCAGCGUCAGCGCCAGCCCCUCCCACAGCUGGCCUCCGGCAAGCCCGGCCCACAGCAACGCCAGCGGCUCGGUGGCCACCACCGCCACGGGCGACAAGAAGAAGAAGAAGAAACGCAAGAAGACAAGGAAACACAAGAAGCACAAGAAGCACAGCGGCCAGGACGCGCCAGAGGACGCCGAGUCCAAGGAGCGCAAGCACAAGCACAAGAAGAAGAAGCAUAAAAAGAGCAAGGAGGCGGAGGAGCCGGGAGCAAGACGCCCCAAGAGUAGCCACCAGCGCUCGCCUGUCCAAGCCCCCCUCGCCGCUACUGCCCACUUGGGUUUUUCAUCUCCACCUGCCGAGGGUGCAUGUAGUUAACAACAACCCCCCCCCCCCCCCCUAAUCAUCAGGCUGCUUUUUUGCAGACCUGUCGUGCGGCUGGCCUGGCACUGUGCUCCUGAACACUUGUGAUCCUGCCUUUUGCAAGAAGACAAAGAGCGUGUGCUCCUCGUUUUAGUCUCCCAUGUUGAUUGAGACUUCUGCAGAUGCUACACUUAGGGCGGCAACAUCAAGACCUACACAGAACACUUGCUCCCCCCCCCCUCCCCGCCUCUUAAUCCGAAGCACUGAUGUGAAAGAGUAUAGGGGCAGUGGCGCCUUAUUGUAUUUGUCGACCUUGAGCGUGUCUUGAAAAGAGUUUCUGAGAGUCAUACCCACUGGGUCCUGACUGCGUGGAGGUCUCCGACGGUGCCUGGGUUCGAGCGAUCAACCAGCGGCCGUUGGCGAGCUGAAUGAAAGCUUCGCUGCAGGGUUCCUGGCUCCACGGCGUCGGGAGCGGAGGCCGCCACGGUCCAGGUGUCUGACGGACAGCGUCUCAGGGAUGUUGUUUUGAGAGGGGGGGGUAUUACCGCGUCGUUGUCCUUUAAAAAGUUUGAUCUUGUAAAUAGCGUUGAGCUAUUGCCUAAUCUGUUGAUGUUCAGUGCAGGACCCCGCGAUGCCCCCCCCCCCCCACCCCCCCUCUAUGCACCUUACGUCGAGCCACUUGAUUGACUUUGGAGACGGUUGGCUCUGAGACACAUCCCCGGAUCAGUGGGUGUGUUCAUGGACAACGGCAUGUUUUUUUUUGUUUUUUUGUCGUUCCAAAGUUGCAGUAGUUUUGUAUCACAAUGUGAAUGCCACAGGGUGUGCGUACUAUGAAGUGUGUGUGUGUGUGUGUGUGUGUGUGUGUGUGUCUGUGUGUGUGUGUGGUGUGUGUAACCUAAAUGAGCUGUGUGACUGGAACAAGGGGUGCUUUGAGGAUCUCUUUACUUCAAAUUGAAUGACGGUUCUUUUUCUUUUUUUAAUUAAAGAUGUUAUGACUUCUACACGAUUUGUUGUUUUUUUUAUUUAGGUAAUAAACUUGAAGGGUAAAAAUG